UACACGUAGCGAAACACGGUUAUACUGAUCAUUUCUCGUUGUUUAGCGGUAAUUGGGUACAUGAAGAGAAUUUAGUUUCUGUCCUGAACAGCUCCUUACCAGUAGGUGGCGCACAUUCACCAUCAGGUAGUUUGCCAACCACCAAAAACAGAAAAGAACAACAGGUGUUUCCGGUGUGCAGUGAUACGGUAGCAACAUGCUAACAGUUCCAACGAGAAGGUUCGUGUUAAAGCGGUGAAAUAAUCUUCAGACAGAGAAUCCGAGGAUCACAGCUGGAUCACAGCUGGACUCUGAGACCACCGCAGCUGGAAACUGGCUUCCUUUUUGUUCUUUAACAGAAAACGGUAGAAUCAGAGUAUGGUUCCUCCUGCUGGUGCUGACAGUGUGGAUCAGAAGGUUCUCCAGUAUGAGGUCUUCAUUAACGACGUCCUGAGGAGAGACCUGCGGAAGGUGUUGGAGCAGAGGGAUCAGGUCUAUGAGAAGAUCUCUCAGUACCUGCAGCUGAAGAACACCAUCCAGAGUCUGCAGGAGGCGGGCUCCCAGCAGCUGAAGGCCGACGUGGACCUCGGCUGUAACUUCUACGUUCAGGCACAAGUCGACGACUCAUCCAGGAUCUUUGUGGCUGUCGGAUUUGGGUUCUUUGUUGAGAUGAACCUUGAUGAGGCUCUGCGAUUCAUCGACAGGAAGACGACUCAGCUAACAGCCUUCACUGAGCAGCUCACCCAAGACUCCGCCAAAAUAAAAGCCCAUAUCCGCAUGGUGCUGGAGGGUCUGCGGGAGCUGCAGGGGCUGAGUGACCUCCCUGAGAGCCAGAGAAGAGAUGUUUUCUAAGCUUUCCACAUGAGGAACAUUUGCAGAGGUUUCUGCAGGACAUUUAAUAAACAUCUGCUGCUGCUGCUCAGGUCCAAUCUGAGGAGGAGGAAGUAUUCCCAUCUCUGGACACUGAGUGGAACCAACUUUUCCCCAGAUCUGGAAAGAACCCAUGUUGCCACAUGUGACAUCCACUUCCUGUUGUUGCUGCUCUUGGAGACAUUCCUCCAUGUUACGGAGACUUUUCAAAAUAAAGUUUACUGGAAGGUGUUUUUUCCUCCUCAAUGCAGUUUACUGUUCAACUUCUGUGUUCCAGUAAAUCAGCUGAAAUAUGUGAACAUCCUGGACUCUCAUCCUUUUCCUAAUUUUCUUUUAGUUUUUGUUGUUUUCUGUUUGUUUAUUUUUUGUGUUUUUAUUGAACAUUUAAUAAACAAUGUCACAUAUUGGUUUUGGUUGAUUUGUUUUCCCUCAGAUUGAAUUCAGAUCUGUUCGAAAAAGUUCUUCCUUUGUUAAUCAAUAAAAAUCUUUUAUGAG